AUGAAUAUGCAGAUCAUCGCCCGCGGCUGGCUGGUGUAUGAACUGACUGAAUCACCGCUGGACCUAGCCUGGGUAACCAUGUCCUUUAUGUUGCCAACGGUUUUGUUUUCGCUCUACGGUGGUGUGCUGGCGGAUCGGAUGCAGAAGAAAAAAGUCAUUGUCUGGGCGCAGGCGCUAAACUGCGCGGCAACCAUUUUCAUGGCCGUGAUUAUCUUUGCCGGCUCGGUGACCUUCUGGGAUUUCAUCUGGUUCGGUUUCUUCAAUGGCACCAUUCUAGCCUUGUCCAUGCCUGCGCGGCAGGCAUUUGUGCCGGAAUUGAUCCCUGAUCAUCUGUUGUUUGCCGCUAUGGGUCUUAAUACCACUGGCUGGAAUCUGGCGCGCAUUGUUGGUCCGGCGCUGGCUGGUCUGCUGAUCGCCAUGAUUGCCGGCGGUGAUAAAACAUCUACUUUUGGUGUGGGUGUGGUGUAUAUCGUGAUUGCCAGCCUCUACGGUAUAUCAGCGCUGACCAUGUUGCUGAUUGAUAAAAGCGGCAAAGCCAAACAGGCUUCUAAGGCUAAUGCCUGGACAGAUGUCCGCGAAGGUCUGGCUUAUGUGCUGCAACAUCCUCCUAUAUUUGGGCUCAUCAUUCUGUCGAUUGUCCCAUUCCUGUUUGGUAUGCCGUUAAAUACGCUGCUACCGGCUUUCAACGAACAGGUCAUGGGUGGCGGCCCCGAUGAUCUUGGUUUUCUGGUUUCAGCCAUGGGGCUGGGUGCGAUUGUUGGCUCGCUGAUGAUGGCAUCCAUGGGCGACCUGAAGAACAAAGCAGUCUGGUUGAUAGUGACCUGUAUUGGCUGGGGUGGUCUGACGGCCUUGUUUGGCUGGUCCCAAGCACACUGGCUUGUCUUUGUGCUGAUAGCCGCCGUCGGCUGGACCAGCAGUUGGAACAUGUCCCUGAACCGCGGCAUGUUGCAGAUGCAGGUAGAUAACCAUAUGCGCGGACGCAUCAUGAGCAUCGAUAUGAUGUCGCACGGAUUAAUGCCGUUAGGUGUGUUCCCGGUGAGUUGGAUCGCAGAACACUACGGUGUUGGUGCUGCGCUGAUGUCCAGCGGCGCGGCGUUUGUGGUGCUGACCUUGUUGGCUGUGCUGUUUAUUCCCUCGGUGCGAACCACUGAUCGGACUCGCGAAAGCGAACCCGCACCGACUUAG